AUGAGCGAUUUAACCACAGAUCAGACAACGUCUAUUGAUCCAGCAUUCGCUGAAUCCACUGCCACCACAACAACAACGACAGAAGAACCAGCUACUCUCGACUCCACCCCUACACAGGAGGUAGGAGAAAGUCCAAAUCAACAUAGUAAUGCUGUAUCUGAUGUGGAUGGUGCUGGUUCAAAGGAGGACUCUGCACCAAUGACAGAGACAGCAAACUAUGCAGAUAUUGAGAAUGAUGACAAUAUUCCCGUGGCUACUACUAAUACUGCCAAUGGUGGGGAAAGAACACGUAAACAUAUCGAAACCACUGCUUCUGAUAAUGAAAGUGAUGAUGACUUACGCAAGAUGAGUGCUCCACAUUUACCAAAAAGUGCUUCGCUUGAUGUUACUGAAAACUUGAAUGAUAAUGCAUUUGAAGAUCCACACAGGAAACGUAGAGAAUUGGAAGAUAAACUAGACCGUAUAUUGAAAAAGCCAAAGGUUAGAAGGACAAGAAGAGAUGAAGAUGAUUUGGAACAAUAUCUAGAUGAGAAAAUCUUAAGGUUGAAGGAUGAAAUGAACAUAGCCGCACAAAUGGAUAUCGAUACAUUAAACAAGAGAAUUGAAACUGGGAAUACCUCAUUAAUUGCCAUGCAAAAGGUUAAAUUGCUACCUAAGGUUUCAAGUGUUUUAUCAAAGGCAAAUUUAGCAGAUACGAUUUUAGAUAAUAACUUACUACAGAGUGUUAGAAUUUGGCUAGAGCCAUUACCAGAUGGAUCAUUACCUGCAUUUGAGAUUCAAAAAUCUUUAUUUGCAGCACUAAAUGAUCUGCCUAUUAAGACAGAACAUUUAAAAGAAAGUGGGUUGGGAAGAGUUGUUAUCUUUUAUACCAAAUCAAAGCGUGUUGAGCCACAAUUGGCAAAACUAGCUGAAAAACUAAUUGCUGAAUGGACACGUCCUGUUAUAGGGGCUUCAGAUAAUUAUAGAGAUAAGAGAAUCAUGGAAUUAGAAUUUGAUUCAGAAAAAUUAAGAAAGAAAUCUGCAUUGGGUAGUGCCAAGAGCAGGAGAAAGAGACCAUCCGAGACAUCAGGAGGAUCGACCGCACAAACGUUAUAUGAACAAGCAGCAGCUAGAAGAAAUAGAGCAGCAGCACCAGCUCAAACAACCACUGAUUAUAAAUACGCUCCUGUUAAUCACUUAGCAUCAGUUAGUUCUACGGCUAGAACUACUGGUGUUGGUUCUACAUUAAACAAUAGUGAGAUGUAUAAGAGAUUGGCAUCAAGACUAAAUAAGCACAAGAGAGCUAAAUAA